CGUUACGUGCGGCCUUUGGAGCGUGUGCGUCGGUCCGAUCUCCCCGCGCUAAUUCGAGCGACUGACGAUGAUGCUGCGACCGACGAAGAGGAGGAAAAUGCAGAUGCCAAUCAACAAAAUACAGCAGAAACUAGCCAAAAAGCCUUUUCGUCCACGUCGCCCGGAAUGCAGGUGGUAUCGAGCGAGACCGCGCUAGAGUCGGUGACACCAGAGCAGCGAAAACUGGCGACAAACGAGAGAAAAGUUCGCGCGUUUGUAGAGAAGGAAAUGGCUGAACAGGAACGGAAAAUCGAACUGAUGAAAGGGACUAUUUUCGGCCAGCAGGAAUUCGACUUAGAUUUGCGUCUGAGCGAUGACCCGCGUGAAGAUCUCCAAAAUAGACAUUUUUUGACGAAGCUUAACCCAGCUUUAAAGCUUACUUUCGAAGAAACCUUUUUGAAUGGCCAGGAAUCCUCAGACGGGGAUGAUGACGACAAAGGAGGCUCACCAAACACAGAUGUGGGCGGGGGCUCCAGUAAUGCGAAAAAGCCAGGGGGUGAUAAGAAAGCUUUGAAGAAAAAAGGCAAGAAAGGCGACAAGAACUCAGUCGUCAACUUCACUCGUAUCGGGGAGGCAGCUGCAACGAAAGCUGUUCUUUUUCACGGACGCAAAAAUAUGAAGGGCGUUUUUCCUGGUGGACAUGCCUCACAAGCGCGUCGUGAAGAAGAAGAGAAGAACGCUCAGCAAAAACCGACAAAGUCUCAAUCACCUCCGAGACCUGUCGCUCGUUUGGAGAUGUUUCCAACAAAGCGUGGCGAAAAACAAAAGAAUCCAGAGGUCACCGUUGCAAAACCCACCGCACCUUCCCUCGCAGAGCGCUUGCAGGCUACGUUCUUCUCCAAACUCUUCAACACUUUCGUUCCGGAGCCUCAGCAUUCAAGUACGCACCAUCGUCUUGAUCGAAAACGAGGGAAGCGGGAAAAAGCGCUAGAAAAACAGCGGAGCAUGGAAAUGGACAAUGAGGAACUCCAUGCUGUGACAGUAUUUCCAGAAGACCAAGAUGCUGGAGCUGUAACUCGUGGAGUGUUAGACGCAGCUCUUGUUCAUGACGCGCAGCAUAUUCAACAGAUUAGUGAUCUUUCUAUUGUUCCGGCAGAUCAUCGCCAUGAAGUCCUCAACCACGCGGGUCAGAGGGACCGAGCGUACGCGAAAUACAUCAGCCCUGCAGAACAGAAACGUCUUCUGCGGAUGCAAGAAGAAGAGCGGCAGCUAGCGGUGGAACUUGCUGCGCACAUCCGACGCUUCAAUUUAGAAUGUCU